AUGGCGGUUGACCAGGGGUCCCCGGAGGGAGGGUCCUGCACCUCGCGAGAGGAAAACCGGCAGCGCCGAGCACAACGUGGAUGGGACGACGGCCCAAGCAAUGCGGACAGAACCUUCAAGUGGCCCUGGCAAUCGCAAUCAUCACGUCAAUCAGGAGAUGCACACGGACCUCGACAACCACGCUUCGUCCGCUUCGUCGACGGGCGACCGAAACAAUCCCGAGGAGCGAAAGACAUCGCGGCCGGGGAGUCGAUCGGACCUGUUUUGUGCAAGGAAAACAGGAAAGGACGUGUAUCCACGUUUUGCGCCCUGGAGGCCCUUGACGAGGCGUCUGCGGGAGGAUCGCGCAAGGAGGUUGGCAUUGUCGUCGACGAGCGCCACCUUCGUGAUCGCCGCAGUGUGUGGUCGCACUUCGUGUCGGACUUCUUGCUUCCACAGGGGUAUCCCGACUCUGUGGCCCCACAAUAUGCGAGCUACAUGUUCUGGAGAGGCUUUCAGUACUUUUUCGGUGGGGCAAUAUCCGUUUACACAACCAAGUCGCUGAUAUCGUCAGUCGGAGUUGCAGGCAAGCGGUCCGGGGAAGCGGCGGCUGCGAUCAAUUGGGUGAUGAAGGACGGGGCAGGUCGUGCUGGUCGAUUCUUGUUCGCAGGUUUCGGAAAAUCGCUCGACAGCGAGCUCAAGCAGUUCCGUCUUUUUGGCGAUCUUUUGAUGGAAGUUGGGGCCGCCCUUGAGCUGGCGACGGCUUCUGCGCCGCGCGCCUUCCUCCCUUUAGCUUGUACGGCGAACUUGGCGAAAAACGUGGCUGCAGUUGCAAUGAGCUCAACUAGGGCCCCGAUCUACAGAUCAUUUGCUCAGGCGAAUAACAUGGCAGAUAUCACAGCGAAAGGUGAAUCAGUUGCCAACCUCGCCGACCUCGCGGGGACCGUCACAGGGAUCCUUCUGUCAAGGACUGGUUUGAACACCAUCACAACCUUCUGUCUGCUCUCAGCGGGCUACCUCUUCGCGUCUAGGAAGGAGGUGGAUUCGGUGGAGUUGCCAUACUACAACCACGCGCGCCUGGCCUUCUGUGCUCGCAACUUUCUGACGCAAGGAGUCGUUCCGGGGCCAGCUGACGCGAAUCGCAACGAGCCACUAGUGCCUUGGGCGGACUUCGGCCAGGCCCGAGUGCGUCUAGGUGCUUCGGUGGCGGAAGCAUUUGACGACCCGGCGGAGUUUCGCAGCACGGCAUCAGCUUUUUCUGCGUACCCUUUCGUGAUCACGUUCAACGAACGACGGCGUCGGUCGUGCGUGCUGCUCAAGGAGGGCGUCGACGCCAAGGACGUCGCUCGCGCUGCAUUCCACGCACACGUCCUGCUGCAUGCCCUGCACUCGAGAGCCUUUGGAGCCGAGGCCACAAAAAGGUGUCGAGUGCCCGUCAGGGCGGAUGCAGCCAAGGCCAACACCCAGCUACCCUCCACACGCGAUCGGGAGGCAGAUCGUCGGGCGCAGGUCGCUGGCGACGCCGACGCAAGCCUCGUCCUCUCACCCGCGUUCUGGCGCCGGCUGUUGCCAGGUGACUGGUUCGGUGGCGAUCAAGGCGGGUACGACGUCGAUGUCCGUUUUCAUGCGGACGAAAUCAAAGCGUGCACGGACUACACGCGACGAAUGUUGGAGUCCGGCAAAUUGUACGAAGCCUUCCUUGCACAGUCGGCCAAGGUGGGCUGGAGGACACAAAAUACCGCGCUACCUCCGACGGACGUGCGGCUCUGUGUAUAG